CCGGUGCUGUGCACAAAGAAGAAGCGUGGAGCAGAGAAGCCUAGUACGGGGUGUGCUCUCUCGUAGUGCUCUCUCACAAAACUCUAGAAAGUAAAAAUGGGAGAGGGAGCAAACCAGGCAGAGCAGCAAACCCAAAUAGAAACAACACCGGAGACUGUUGAUGCUUUACUUGAGGCUGCUAGAUAUGAUGAUAUUGAGGAUAUUGCAAGGUUAGAAUCUUCUGGGGUUUCUCUUGAUUCUAAAGAUUCGCUGGGCAGAACAGCACUCCAUAUGGCUGCAGCCAAUGGACAUCUUGACAUUGUGGAGUAUCUUAUCAGUCAGGGAGUGGAUCUCAAUGCUGCCAAUAAGGAGAAGAAUACAGCUCUUCACUGGGCUUGCCUCAAUGGUCAUAUUGAGGUGGUUAAGAAAUUGAUUCUGGCAGGAUCGAGUUUAGGCUUUCUAAACAGCCAUGAACGGACCCCAAUGGAUGAAGCUGUUACUCGGGAAAAAAUGGAUGUUAUUGAUGCAAUUAACGCAGCUGUGGCACAACUGGAACUUGCUGGUGUUGCAGUUUCCUAGCCUAGGAUUUCUCUCAUAAAUGUAAUCCAUUAAUAUUUUUACAGGUGCAUCUUUUUUGUCAUGGAUUGUGCUUUAAAUUUGAAUAUUUUGGUUCAUAUGCUGUGGCUGGUGCUGUCCUUUGACUCCUGCAUAAAUUUUGUGACUUAAUUUUUCUGGUUCGAUCCUUAUUUUGUGUGUGGAUCAUUUUAGGAUGACAAAGAUGUAAAAGGUGGCUGUCCUAGUUUCUGAA